UUCUGGGAGAAGAGUCGGAGUGAGGAGAUCAGAGUUGAAGGGGCGGAGGGCAGAUGGGAUGCGCAACAUGAGUUCGAAUUAAGGGGACCAGUACCCCACUAGAAGCUAGGUGCAGUAGACCCAGUCUGGUUCAGCAGGGUGUGAGCUCCGUGGGAACUAAGUGGUAAGGUGUCGGGGAGGGGGACCCAGAUAUUCGUAAAGACGAGGACGGGAAGUUGAGGUUGAGUUGGGGUCGUGAGAAACUGCUUUCUUGCUCUCCGAAGCCAUGAGAAAUGGGAAAAAGGGAAGAGACCGGAUCCGAAUGAGUAUUUUUGGACACUCUCUGGUCUUCUCCAGGUUCUAAAUGGCUUCUAAGAAGUUGGGUGCAGAUUUUCAUGUAUGACUUCUCCUUGGAAAAGAAAACCGUCGAGUGGGCUGAAGACAUUAAGAAAAUCCAAGAAGCCCAGCGGGAAGCUGAGUGCAAAGUGGAAGAAGCAGAAGCUAAAGUGAGUUCUAAGAGUGGCCCAGAGGGUGACAGCAAAAUGAGCUUCUCCAAGACUCAGAGUGUAGCCACCAUGCCACCUCCCAUUAACCCCAUCCUUGCCAGCUUACAGCACAACAGCAUCCUCACCCCGACUCGGGUCAGCAGCAGUGCCACGAAACAGAAAGUUCUCAGCCCGCCUCACACGAAGGCAGAUUUCAAUCCUGCUGACUUUGAGUGUGAAGAGGACCCUUUUGAUAAUCUGGAGUUAAAAACUAUUGAUGAGAAGGAAGAGCUGAGAAACAUUCUGGUAGGAACCACUGGACCCAUUGUGGCUCAGCUAUUGGACAAUACCUUGCCCGGAGGAGGCUCUGGAUCUGUAUUACAGGAUGAGGAGGAGGUCCUAGCAUCCUUGGAGCGGGCGACUCUAGAUUUCAAGCCUCUUCACAAACCCAAUGGCUUUAUAACCUUACCACAGUUGGGCAACUGUGAAAAGAUGUCGCUGUCUUCCAAAGUGCCCCUUCCCCCCAUCCCUGCAGUAAGCAAUAUCAAAUCCCUAUCUUUCCCCAAACUUGACUCUGAUGACAGCAAUCAGAAGACAGCCAAGCUGGCGAGCACUUUCCAUAGCACAUCCUGCCUCCGCAAUGGCACGUUCCGGAAUUCCUUAAAGCCUUCCACCCAGAGCAGUGCCAGUGAGCUCAAUGGGCAUCCUGCUCUUGGGCUUUCCGCUUUGAACUUGGACAGCGGCACAGAGGUGCCAACCCUGUCUCCCUCCUCCCAGAUGCCUUCCCUCUCCAUCUUGUCUGUGUGCACAGAAGAAGCGUCACCUCUAAAUACUGGUCUUACGGUCACCCCUCCUAAUUUCUCAAUGUCACAAGUGCCCAACACUGCCACCUGUCCCCAGGCCUAUUCUGAACUGCAGACGCUGUCUCCUAGCGAGCGGCAGUGUGUGGAGACGGUGGUCAAUAUGGGUUACUCAUAUGAGUGUGUCCUGAGAGCCAUGAAGAAGAAAGGAGAGAAUAUUGAGCAGAUUCUCGACUACCUGUUUGCACACGGACAGCUCUGUGAGAAGGGCUUCGACCCUCUUUUGGUGGCAGAGGCUCUGGAAGUGCACCAGUGCUCAGAAGAAAAGAUGAUGGAAUUUCUUCAGUUAAUGAGCAAAUUUAAAGAAAUGGGCUUUGAACUGAAAGACAUUAAAGAAGUUUUGCUAUUACACAACAAUGACCAGGAAAAUGCUCUGGAAGACCUCAUGGCCCGGGCAGGAGCCAGCUGAGAACAGGCCUGGCCUUGGCCUUGCCACGGA